AUGCAUGUUUGCCUGAGUAAAUGUGUGAAGUUUAUUAAGUGGAAAGCUUCUUUUGGGAAUAUUGCGGCACAUCGGAGACGGCAGCAUGCAGUUACAGUGGGAAAAGAAAGAAGAGAAGCACUGAUAAGAACAAAACGCCUGUGCAUAGUGGGAGUUAGUGAUGAUAGAGAUUUCCCAUUUGACAGUGAUAUGAUAACUGAUGAAGAACAAUCAAUUUUGGAGGCUCAGGCUUCUUCAGCUGUGGAAACAUUAAAGCUUGCUGUUGGCUAUCAAGGGAAAGGUGCAAUGCAGAAAAGAGUGACUGCUCUUCGUGAAUUAAGGCGUUUGUUGUCUAGAUCUGAAUUUCCUCCGGUUCAAGCUGCCCUCGAGGCUGGGGCAAUUCCUAUCCUCGUGCAAUGUCUUUCAUUUGGCUCUCCAGAUGAACAGGAAAAGGGUAGAUUAGGGGAUUUUGGGUUGGGGGCCGAGGGGGGAAGAGAAAAGUAUGCUUUCCUCUUCCUUUUGAUUUCACAGCCAUGCUGUGUGGUUGUCUAUCAAUGUGUGGCAAUUGUUUAUGCAAAUAGUGCAUUAGUGCCAAUGGAAAUCUUAAACAAAAGUAUAAUGUUCAAUGUUGGGAAUAUUGCGGCACAUCGGAGACGGCAGCAUGCAGUUACAGUGGGAAAAGAAAGAAGAGAAGCACUGAUAAGAACAAAACGCCUGUGCAUAGUGGGAGUUAGUGAUGAUAGAGAUUUCCCAUUUGACAGUGAUAUGAUAACUGAUGAAGAACAAUCAAUUUUGGAGGCUCAGGCUUCUUCGGCUGUGGAAACAUUAAAGCUUGCUGUUGGCUAUCAGUAUGUCAACUCGUCCUAG